UAUAUAUAUAUAUAUAUAUAUAUAUAUAUAUAGUUUCUAUGGUAAUACUUUUUUCUUGAAAUAUCGAGCUGCUGCUUCUUUCUUCUUUGGCUAAAUUUUGUAUUUGCAUUCAUAAACUAACUGAUUUUCUAAUUCUACUUUGGCAUAUAAAUACAUGGUAACCUUUAAAUUUGCAUAUUUGUCUCUGCCCUUUCAAAUGCCAUCUUCGAAUAGAAUUGGUUUUGCUGACUACUGGAAUGCGAUCUGUAUCUGAACUGGUAAUGAACGUGAUGGUAGUAGCACGUUCUUCUAUCUUUGUUUCAAAAUCUUGGGAGUAUAAAAAAAGUGUGGUCAAGGAAUGGAGUGGAUAAGUCGAAAGCAGGUCUAGGAACUCCGCGCUGUUCGUCAAUAGACGAUGUUUGUGACAAGUGCACAGUUUAAUGUAGAUGUUUGCAACAUGUUAACAGUGUUAUAUUAUGAAGAUAAUUUACAUGUGAAAUAUAACUAUACUACUUCCAUCUGCCGAACCAAAUUAUUAUUUAUAUAUGUGAUCAAUGUUAAGAGAAGUUUGACUGCAGAAUUUCCGAGCGCAGUCUGUUUCCAAACAGAGGUAGUAGAAGCUAAUGCAUCAUGAAUGAUGGAUUUGCAUAAAAUCAGGAGCUUGAAUUUAGGGAUGAAAACGGAGCGAAAACAGACGAAAUUGAGUGCUACCAUUUUUGUUUUCAUAUUUUUUUGCGGAAGCGGAAACAAAUAUAGAAACCCCGAAAAUGAAGACGGAAACAUAAGUGGGUGUUGGCCGGAACUUAAAAAUCCCUUGAAUCAUAGAGAAAUGCACACAAAAACAAACAAAUUUAAUGAAUUGGUUACAUGGCUAGAAAUAAAUAUGAUUAUGUCAGCAACUUAACAUAAAAUCAGGAGCUUGAAUUCCAUCAUUUUAAUUUGAACUUUUAUAAUGCUGCCAAGGAGCCAUCGUUGUUCUAGGGUUUGCGUGGUAUGAAUUGAAGAAACUCACACUUAAGCAAACCUAUCUUGUUUCCAUUUUGAUGAUACAGAAGCCUGUCUUGGUGUGACAUAAAUCCAGGAAUAUCUUGCUCAACAUUACUGCUUCCAUUUUGUUUUCGUUCUUCAAUUAUAAUGAACAGGGACUGACAGCUAGAAGGUGAUUAAAAACUAGGACUCAUAUGGAUUAAUAACAGAUAGAUUGAGCGUAAGUCUUGUUUAUCCACCAAUUGCAGCAGCAGACGCGCUAAAAGAGCCUAUUUGGCACCGAGCUGGACAGAGCUGUGGUUUGGUCAAACAAAUUGAUGUUUAUAUCAUCUGGCCGUUAACGGCUGCAAAGUACCCUCGGCCAGCAGCUUGGUAGAGGCCUGAAAUAUUAUUGGUAGAAUAAAAGAACUUGGUUAUCUUUUUUCUUUUUUUUUGAAACGAGAACUUGGUUAUCUUUUGAUUCAAGGACUCGAACUGACGCAGGGUCACAACGUCAUCGCCGCCUCCACAGCCAGGUUUGGUCCACGUAAACUAGAACAAAACGCUGGUCCACGCGCGUUGUUGGGGGCAACUCCGUUUUGAUUUUGAUAAUGCCCCUCCAUGACAAUUAGAAUCGCAAAUGUUUGAUGCUUGAUGCGGCUAGUUGUAGACAGCACGCGCUUGGAUCCACUUAGCAAAUUUUCGAGAUAAUUAGCCACCACCGUAUCCGAUAUAAUGAACUAAUAAGAGAGAAAAAAAUAGUUAACGGCACGGCUCACACACAGCUAGCUUGGAGGCAGGGAGUAGUCUCCACUCUCCAGGUGUCCCUCGCCUCUAGUUGUAUUUCCCUCAGCUGGUCGGUCGGCAGGCGUCCCUGUCGCACGGUCUUCUCCCUCCUUGUACCGAGAAGCAGCAGCAGGGGAAAAAAAGCCACGGCAAUGGCCGAUCGCCGUGGCGACGCCAUGCGCCAGCAGCCGCCUUACUCGUCGGGCCAUCAGGAGCGGGUCUUCGACGGCGGUGGCGGCCCGGCGUUCGGGAACGACUACGAUACUGCUGGAUCAUCCUACAUGGCGCUUCUUGGCUCCGGCGUCAACCCCCAGCAGUCGCUGCCGCCGCAGCAGGCGUGGGGGGUCGACGAGGUGACCCCACCGACGAUCAAUCUCACUCCUCAGUUCUCCAUGGCAAACUAUGCGCCGACGUCGUCCUACCAGCAGCACCAGACGACUGCAUCCUUCGUCUCACCCCUCGCCGCCAACCUCCACCCCUACCCGUCGUCGUCGUCGUCGUCCUACUUCCAGGCCGAUCUGCCGCCGCAAUGGCCUCCGCGGGCAAUGGCGCCGUCGCCCUCCUCCUCCCUGCUGCCCCGCAACUUCACGGUCCACCAAACGCCGGCGUACCCGCACCACCACGAGCAGCAGAUGCACAUGCAGCUGCUGCGCGCGGCGGCGCUGGGCGGCCCGCACGCGGCGCCGGCGCCCCCCAUCGAGCAGCCGGCCAAGGACGGCUACAACUGGCGCAAGUACGGGCAGAAGCAGCUCAAGGACGCCGAGUCGCCGCGGAGCUACUACAAGUGCACCCGGGACGCCUGCCCCGUCAAGAAGAUCGUGGAGCGCUCCUUCGACGGCUGCAUCAAGGAGAUCACUUACAAGGGCCGGCACACCCACCCGCGCCCCCCCGAGCCCCGGCGCGCCGGAGCGGAGGACGCCGCCGCCCCCAGCAGCGCCGUCGGCGCUCAUCAGGAGGACGAGCUGAGCGACGACGAGGAUGACGGCGAGGAGGGCCACGACAUUGGCAGCGGCGCGGGUGGUCCGGCGGGGCAGAGGGUGGUGAGGAAGCACAAGAUCAUACUGCAGACGCCGAGCGAGGUUGAUCUGCUGGACGACGGCUACCGGUGGCGCAAGUACGGCCAGAAAGUGGUCAAGGGCAACCCCCGUCCGAGGAGCUACUACAAGUGCACCGCCGAGAAUUGCAAUGUGCGCAAGCAGAUCGAGAGGGCCUCCACCGACCCUAGGUGUGUUCUAACGACAUACACCGGGCGGCACAACCACGACCCACCGGGCAGGGGAGCUGGAGCCGCCGCCGCUGCCGGGGCAGGCGGCGGCUCCUCCUCUGAUCCCGUGGCAUCCGCAGUGAACCCGUUCGGCAGCACAUUGCACCAGCCAAGUGGCAUUCAUCAGCUGAAAGAGGAGAGCCGGGAUUAACACAUUUUUAAUGGAUUUCGAGUGUGGUGUUUCCUUCGUGUGAAUAAUAGAGUUGCACUAUUGAUUCUUUUGGGCAGGUUUUUCUGCUGGCUAAUUGUUGUUUAUUGUGAUUAAUUUGACAGCAUUUGUUUUAGAGGAAUUGACAUAUCCUUUUUGGCCGCAUAUGUUGGUGGC